GCGGGCGGCCGGGCAGGCGGGCCGGGGCCGCCAUGGGCAAGCGGCGGGGCCGGAGCCAGAGCCACAGCCGGAUCAUCAGCGGCCUCAGCAAAAAGCAGAAGAAGCACUUGCGGGAUUUCGGAGAGGAGCAUCCUUUCCAUGACAGAGUGUCUGGAAAGCAAGAAAAGCCUCAGAUCUGCAAAUUGACCGAGAAUUCAGAUCACUCAAGUUCAGACAGUGAUGCAGAAAGUGAAUCGGAACAAGUCUCAGGGUACCACAAACUACUAGCAACUCUAAAGAAUGUCCCUGAGGAGGAAGAUGAGGAAGAUGAUGAUGAUGAUGAUGACGAGGAGGAGGAAGAGGAAGAAGAAGAAAGCAUUCUAGGGGAUGAGGCAGAAGUGGACAAUGAAGGAGACCAGGGGGAUGAUGACAUGGAAGAGGAGGAUCCUGAGGAGCAGGACCAGGAAGAAGCAAAUGUUGGAUCAGAGGCCCUAUCUGGCCCCAAGGAAGAGGAUGAGGAAGAUCCACAAUCCGGAGCUGAGGAGGACUUCACGGACGUGAAACAUGAAUCUCAGUUCAGUCUGGAAACCAAUUUCUUGGAAGAGAAGAAUGAGGAUCAUAAUAAAGGUGAAAAAGAAAGUGGUUCCUCUCUGAAACCCACAGAAGACCCAUUCCUACAGCACGUCAACCGAGACCUGGUGGAAAAAGAAGUUCAGUCCAUGCUUACCAACCCCAAAUGCACAGACCAGCUGAAGUGGCAGACCAUGGGCCAUCUUUUCUUCUCAUCCACAUUUCAGAAAGUGGAAACCUUUAAACCGCCGAAGGAAGUCAACGUGAAAGAGCUCACUCUUCAGAAGCCUCUGGAAACCACCUGGCCCCAAACAAACCGCCAGUUCCUCUCAGCGGCCGGCAAGCAGAAGGGCUUCUUCACUCCUCUGCAGAAGGAGCUCUUUUGCCUCAUGAACUCAUACCGGGACUUAUUUUACCCUGAAAGGACAGCAUUAGAAAAUGGGGAAGAAAUCAGACACGUAUACUGCCUGCAUGUGUUGAAUCACGUCCUCAAGGCGAACUCGCAAGUGCUCAGCAAUAAUAGCAAACGACGAGAUCAGAAAUCUGGAGUCGACAGCGAUGAUUUCAGGGACCAAGGACUCACUAGGCCAAAGGUGCUGAUUGUAGUACCUUUCCGGGAGGCUGCUCUGCGGGUGGUGCACAUUCUAAUCAACUUGCUCGAAGCUGGAAGCAAGAAAAAAAUCGACGUGAGCAACAAAAAGCGAUUCAAGGGGGAAUUUGGAUCAGAUCCAGGGGAGAGACCGCCCAACCUGAAGAGGCCUGAGGAUUAUGAAGCUGUGUUUGCUGGCAAUAUUGAUGACCACUUCAGGAUAGGAGUGGCAAUCCUUCAGAAAGGGAUCCGACUGUAUGCGCCAUUCUACUCCUCGGACAUCCUGAUCGCUUCCCCUCUUGGCUUGAGGACCAUUAUUGGUGCAGAGGGGGAGAAGAAGCGGGAUUUUGAUUUCUUGUCUUCCUUAGAGAUCCUCAUCAUUGAUCAAGCAGACAUUUACCUCAUGCAGAACUGGGAGCAUGUCCUACAUUUGAUGAACCACGUGAACCUGUUGCCUCUGGAGUCCCAUGGGGUGGAUUUCUCCAGAGUGCGCAUGUGGAGCCUGAAUAACUGGUCCAAAUACUACCGGCAGACCUUGCUGUUUGGGGCCCUGCAGGAUCCCCAGGUCAACUCCAUCUUCAACAAGUACUGUGUCAACUACAGGGGGCAGGUAGCGGUGAGGAAUGCUCCAGUGACUGGCUCCAUUAGCCAUGUCUUAGUGCAGCUCCCACAUGUGUUCCAGAGGCUGGAAGUGGAAAACCUCCUGUCAGUCAUGGAUGCCAGGUUUCGCUUCUUUGUGGAUCAGGUUCUGCCUCAAUACCGGGAUGCUGUCAUGUCCCAUACGCUUAUCUACAUACCAUCCUACUUUGACUUUGUGCGUCUCCGGAAUUAUUUCAAAAAGGAGGAGCUGAACUUCACUCAAAUUUGUGAAUAUUCCAAAAGAUCGGACAUUUCCAGGGGAAGACACUUCUUCCUGAAAGGAGAGAAGCAGUUUCUGCUUUUCACAGAACGCUUCCAUUUUUAUAAAAGGUAUACAAUCAAGGGCAUCAGGAAUCUGAUUUUCUACGAACUGCCAACCUAUCCCCAUUUCUACAGUGAGGUGUGUAACAUGCUGAAGGCCAUGAGCGGAAGUGAGGAGGCCACGUGGACCUGCACUGCUCUCUACUCCAAAUUUGAUGCACAGAGAUUGGCUGCUGUGGUUGGUGUGGACCGGGCGGCACAAAUGCUCCAGUCCAAGAAGAAUGUCCAUCUCUUCAUUACUGGAGAAAAAUGAGUAAUAUCGUUGUGUAUGUUGGACUGGAGAAAGGGAAAGCAGCAUGGGAGCGCUGGCUGGAACAAGGAGACAUCACUCCCUUCUUCAAAUCACUCUGCUUUCCUUCUCAAAGUCUUGGAUGGUAAAGUCCAGUCACAACUGGCUGCACCUUAGGCAACACUCAAAAAUCUACAAGCAAAACAAAGCGAAGCUUGAGGAACUAAAGCUUAAUUUAAUGCAGAUCCCCUGGACUAUCUGGCAGAGGAUGCUUGGGCCUGCUGUUAUGUUAGCCUGGAGGGGAAGAGGUUAAAGAAAGCGGAGUUUCCAGGCUUAAUUGCCACCUGAGGGGAGCUACAGUUGGAGCCUAGAGUGGCAUUGUUGGCCACAGCUGAGUGGAUCUCAGGGUUGAUUGAAGUUCCCGGGAGACUUUCCCAGAGAUUGUGAGUGGAGCAGGUGUUGAUGUCUCUGCCUGAAGUUGCUCCUAAUGCAGCUGAAACCCUGGGAAGGCAUGUAACCUGAGAUGCUUCUCUGUGACUGGGUUAGGCUGAGAAGCAGAAGAGAAAGUUCAAAUGCAGGGUCCUCCAGCCUUGGAAACUUUUGGCUGGGUUUCUGUAACCCCCACUGAGGGAAAGGGGAUUGGUAAAGUCCAGGCGCUUGUGUCUGGUUUUAGUAGUGGAUGGAUAUUCUCAUUCACUUCCCGUUCUCCCUCCCCCUUAGAGUUUGCACCUCUUGGGGGACAGGUACUAUGUCCAUCAGUGCUUGGCACCUAGUAAGCUUUAAACAGAAUUAUUAUUAAUUGUAAAGAAAGGUUUGUGAAGAAAAUGUUUCCAGAGAAGCUGCCUAGCCUAGAAGAAAGAGCAUAGGACUCGGAGGCAAGAGACCUGGAUUUUAACCCUGGCUCCGUGACUUGCCCACUGUGUGACCUUGGGCAAAUCACUGACCUUCUCUUUCCCUCAGUUUCCUCAUCUGUAAAAUGGGGAUUAAAUACUCCUUCUUCCUCCCCUCUAGCCCGAGCUCCAAGGACUAGGUCUGACCUGAUUGUACUGCAUCUACCCUCGAUGCUCGGCAUAUAGUAAGGGUUCGGUACAUGCUGUUAUUAUUAUUCCAGGGCUGGGUACAGACUGAGGGGCUUUUCCGGCAGCUUCUCUGGUAUGUAGUUGGCACCUCCAUCAAAGACUGCUGCCUGUAUAACUGGCAUGCACGGAUUCAUUGUUGCCCUUAGUUUCUCCUGCAGCCUACCCUCCAACCCCCAGAGAGGCUUUCAGGGAACAGUUACACAGAGGGGCUCAAGUUCUCCCUUCUCCCUGUCCCCAGUGUAGGAGCCAUUGUGGUCCUGGGGGAGAGGGGAGCAGCCCAGAGCUCAAUAGCCAGCCCCUGAGCAUUUGAGAGUGGGCUGUCCAAUUGUUUAAGCUAUCCUCUUCCCUGCUACUCCUGGCCCUUUUCCUCAACAAUAUGUUUGUACCCUGGGCUUGUAAUGAGGAGUCUGUUUUUUUUUUUUAAAAAAAAAUCAAAUGAAUAUAUGACUAAAUAUUCAACUUCCUGGAGGACUCAGGAGGAAGGGUCUCUGGAGGCAUCUGGGAAAAAUUGACAUUUUUCUCCUCCAACAUUUGGAGCCCCAUAGAGGGUUUGUGUUUGUGGGUUUUUUUGCAUUAGAAGGCUAGUUUGCAAAAUUGCCAUUUCACUCUCUAAUGAGUUUAGUUUUUGGACAGAUCUGCUGCCCUUAAUUCACUGGCGUAGAGUAAAAUGUGAGGUCCCUAGGCGGUUUCCAUGUUCCUAUUUCCUUUGGCUUUCUAGCCUGGGGUCCAAGCUGUUGGUGACAUGUCAGGGGAUGAUGCUCUUAGUAUUCCUAACUGACCUCAUGAGGUUGCAAGGCUAUUCUUCUCUGAGCCUCCCAGCUGUGCCCAUGCCCCGUGUUCUGUCCUGGGUUCACACUGUGAGGUAAUUAGUGCAAUUUGUGCUGUUUGGCUGAGUUGGAGCCUGAAAUGAAGUGUUGAGCCAUCUGUGUAUACAGCUGAUAAAGAGCCUGUCAGAAUCUGCAUUCUGCUUGUUCCAGGGUGAAUCGUCACUGUACUACCUUUGGGAAGUGUCAGGGAGCCCUGAGCCUUUUUGGCCUCCAGCAGCGAACCAAAUUUACAGUGAAAAAGCAUCGCAUCGGGUGCCCACCUAGAUCUCCGCUAUUCCAGAUUCCUCUUUGUGUCUUUUUGUCAGAGGGAAAUAAACUCUGAGGUUGUUUUUUGGGAUUUCUGUGGAUUUCUGUGUGGGCACAUUUGAUCACUUACUUUGGUUUCACUUUACACAUCUUUCUAUCUGUCUCCCUCUUAGCAUGUAUCUUUUUUGUGGUGGGAAACAUGUCUCAUGCUUCUCUUUCACCUUCCCCAAGUGCUUAGCAUAAUGCAUUGCAUUCAGUGGUCGCUCAGAAAUAAAUGGAUGCUCAAAUUACUACUGUU